AGCGGCGCGCGCCGCGGUCAGCUGACUGCUCCGGCUGGCACGUGACUUGCUCCGUAGGCGCUGGGGUCGGGAAAGCCGGGAGGCCGGAGCUUAGGUCCGGCAGGGAUGGAGCGCUGAGCCGUUAACGUCUGCAAGGCUGACCGCCUCCGUACCUGUUAGUGCAGCCACUUCGUCGUUUGACACCUUCCUGGAGUCACUCUUGGUUUUGGAAAAAAUACUUGGUAACAAAUAUGACUGAGUUCUGGCUUAUAUCUGCUCCUGGAGAGAAGACAUGUCAGCAAACUUGGGAGAAACUGCACGCGGCAACUACAAAGAACAACAAUCUUGCUCUUGCUUCAAAGUUUAACAUUCCUGACUUAAAGGUUGGCACACUGGAUGUCUUGGUUGGUUUGUCGGAUGAACUGGCUAAACUGGAUGCCUUUGUAGAAGGGGUGGUUAAAAAAGUGGCUCAGUACAUGGCUGAUGUACUAGAGGAUAGUAAAGAUAAAGUUCAAGAGAAUCUGUUGGCCAAUGGAGUUGACUUGGUUACUUACAUAACAAGGUUUCAGUGGGACAUGGCUAAGUAUCCAAUCAAGCAGUCCCUGAAAAAUAUUUCUGAAAUAAUUGCCAAGGGAGUGACUCAAAUUGACAAUGACCUGAAAUCUAGAGCAUCUGCAUAUAAUAACUUGAAAGGAAAUCUUCAGAAUUUGGAACGGAAGAAUGCAGGAAGUUUGCUAACUAGAAGUUUAGCGGAAAUUGUGAAGAAGGAUGACUUUGUUCUUGAUUCAGAGUAUCUCGUCACGUUACUGGUUGUAGUUCCCAAGUUAAACCACAAUGACUGGAUUAAGCAGUACGAAACACUAGCUGAAAUGGUAGUUCCAAGGUCUAGCAAUGUUCUCUCCGAGGACCAAGACAGUUAUCUCUGUAAUGUCACCUUGUUCAGGAAGGCAGUUGAUGACUUCAGACACAAAGCCAGGGAGAACAAAUUCAUCGUUCGUGACUUCCAGUAUAAUGAAGAGGAGAUGAAAGCAGAUAAAGAAGAAAUGAACAGGCUUUCUACCGACAAGAAAAAGCAGUUUGGACCACUUGUACGGUGGCUGAAAGUAAAUUUCAGUGAGGCGUUUAUUGCGUGGAUUCAUGUGAAAGCAUUGAGGGUUUUUGUUGAGUCUGUUUUAAGGUAUGGCUUGCCAGUGAACUUCCAAGCAAUGCUCCUUCAGCCCAAUAAGAAAACAGUGAAGAAACUAAGAGAAGUAUUACACGAACUGUACAAACAUCUAGACAGCAGCGCGGCAGCCAUUAUUGAUGCUCCUAUGGAUAUUCCAGGCUUAAACCUGAGUCAACAGGAAUACUACCCCUAUGUGUACUACAAGAUUGAUUGCAACUUGCUGGAAUUCAAGAUUUUUUAACCAGACAAGCCUUCGUUUGGACCUGUGUAUCAUUUAUGACAUCGUCUGAAAGGAGGCAUUGUUUGCUGUAAAGAUCUCUGAACUGGACGACUGAAGGAGCUUUUCCAGGAGGUUCUGUGACCAUGCUCCCUUUCCGUGCACUCCCAGGCCUGCGGAUGGGAGAAGGGAGUUAGUGUUUUAAGGGCAUUUCUGAACUAUUCUAUUCCUUCUAGAAAUUAGUCUCCCAAAUCCUUUUUACUUCCAAAUUUAUGUUGUUAUUUCAAAAGAAAUUAACUUCAAACAUACUCAGACUUCUAGAAGGUAAAAACUGAGAGAUGAUCCUGCCUGCCUGCGCCCCACCCUCCGAUUUCUUCUCAAGGGAGUUGAUGUAUUCUUCCAGGCCUUUUUCUAUGUAUAUAUCACACACGUGCAAACCUAGAUUAUUUUUAAAUAAAUGUAGGAUCAGACUGCAUAUAUUCUGUCACUUGCUGUUUUGCUUGCUAGUAUGUCCAGAAUCGCUAGAUGGCAGUCUGUCUAGAGCUUCCUCUUCCACCCCUCACUGGCUGCAUGGUUUUCCAUCGUGUAUUUCCGCCAUAAGAUAGCUGACUGGCUGGAUAUUCGUGUUAUUUUUUGUUUUUGCUCUUGACAAACACUGCUGCAGUAGAUCUCCUUCUUCAGGUAUCUGUAGUAUGGAAAUGUGUUAGUAUUUCUGUAAGAGGGACCCUGGAAGCAGGCUUCAUAGGCCGUAGGGUAUGCAUAUUUAAAGUUUUGACACAUACUGCCAAGUUCCCUGUCAGAAUUCUAAAUUUAAGACAUUUUGAGGAUGCAGAUUUUAUUUUCAAUUUUCCUUUGGAUAAGAGGUAGCUGAAAAUUUUUGGUUUUGGUGUCAGAAAAUUGUAGUUUUCUGUCUUUUUUUGCAAGUAUAUUUUGUGUCUUUGUCUCUGGAUAGUGGGCAUAAUCUGGGCUGGAGGCUAUGUUUUUGGCAUUGAAGAGCAAGCUGGUGGGCUGCGUGGUGACUUCUGGGUUUUACCUGGAUGGUAACAUUGUUCCAGUGCGGGUAGGUAAGGUCACUUCAAGUUUAAAAUCCCAGUGUGUGUCAGGACUUUCACUGUAGUAUCUCAGGGAUGCAGAGUGGCUGAGAUGUAGCCGUCCAGCUCUUGUGGAGCCCUGUGAUCUCCAUGCCCCAGCCCUCCUUCAUAAAACGGGGGUAACCAGAGUGCCCGCCCAACAGGGCUGCUGUGCUAAGCGAAAGAGUUCCCACUUGCACGUGUAGUGCUUUGAAAUGGUGCCCGGUGAGUGCUUGAAGCGUGUACUCAGAAUCCUAGAUGAGUGCCUCCAGCUUCUUUUCACCAUCAAGAUUCAUGACAUUGUGGAGUUUGAAGGUUAGAAGGAAGUGAUGUGUGUAUAGAGUAGACUUUGUGGAUGUAGCAUAAUGUUAAAGCAGUUUGAGUAUCUCUGAGCUUCAGUACAUGUUGGAUUUUUUAUAUAAAUUGUUAAUGGGAGCUACUGUUCCUGGAAGGGGACUCUUCCAACUUUACUUGCUUUGUUCAGAGUCUACUGGUUCUCCUCUAGGAUGGGGCUCAGGUCAGUUUGAGAUUCAUUAGACAUUUAUUGGGCAUCUGUUCGAGACCAUUCUGCCAGUGUUCUCAGUACCUAUUGCCUCAUCCCUUCCCCAUGUUUGUAUUGGGGGGACUGGUGGUCCCCACUCUACUAGUGGAGGCUUAGGGGCAAAGGACUUUAGUGAGUUUCUUUUCUUAGCUCUCACAGAUUUUCGGUUAGAGUAAGUGUUCAAACCCAUGGUUUCUGACUGCUGUACUCUUUUGGUGUCCUGUAUGGCUCACUCAUACAGGACUCUAUGGUGUCCUGUAUGAGUGAGCCACACACUUUUCCUUCAGCUUAAUCCAAGAAAGACCGUGAUGUAGAAAAAGAAAAGUUACUAGAUGUGGUUCAUGAGAUAUUAAAUUGUGCUGGUAUUUGGAGGGAACGUAGGAGCGCAGACGUUCUUGUCGGUGAUGGGUGAUGAUGUGCCUGCCGCCUGCUACUUUCAGGAGCCCAAGUUCCUCAACCUGGAGCGUUUUCCUGCCUCCUGAAGUUGCUCUUGGACAGACACUCUGUGGUCUGGGAGGAAGACUCCCAUGUAGCUUUUCUUUUCUUUCUUUCUUUUCUUUCCUAAAUUCAUUUAUUUGACAGAUCACAA